GAUGCUGUAACCCUGCGAAGAAACAGUAAAACACCAGUCGCAAGACCAGUCGCAAGAGUCGCAAGGCCAGUCGCAAGACCAGUCGCAAGACCAGUCGCAAGACAAGUCGAAACGGAAACACAACAAACGACAGAUGUACGGAAAGAGAUGAAAUGUCUUGGUUUAAGGUUUGAUCGAGGUUUACUCUAUUAAAGAUAUUUCACAACAAAUCGUUGAAUCGGGCAACCAUACCAGAUUAACCUGUAGCUUGGGACAAGCUUAACUUGCAAUCUAUAUGAUGCGGCAAUACGUACAUGAAAAUAUAUCAAGGGUCUAGACAUUGCAUCGAUGAUGGGAUGACAACUGAGAAUAAAAUAAAUCUACUCUCUAGGUCUUGUGACAUGAAUAAGCGAGCUCAAGGAGCCACCAUCACCAUCUUAUCGGUGGGGCUCCACUUUUCAACACAUCACGAAGUAGAGACCGUCCCAUUGAUCAAGGAUGCGUUUACUGAUAUGUUUACUGAUACGUUUACUGAUACGUUUAUUGAUACAUUGAUACAUUGAUACAUUGGUACCUUUAUUGUUGGGUUGAUAAUGGCUGAUUAUGUAAGUGCUUAUUUAUCUGGUGCACGGGUUUUAUUGUUCUGGUGUACGGAGGUUUAAAAAUAUGCACGGGUGUUUUGUCCCCCCCUCUCCUACUGUGCUCCGAAGCCCAGCUGGCAGACCCCAAGGCCCACGGACAACCUGCUGGGCCUGGAAAGGGGCUUCCCGUGUAGUGCACUGGGGUUACAAUCAGCAAGCUGGUGAUUUGCUCUUUUGACCGUGAGAAUCUGGUGAAUCUCAGCAAGAAAAACUCCGGUAAACCGUCUGGACAUAUAGGGAGAAUACCAAAAAAAAAAAAAAAAAAAA